UCAAAAUCCAAAUCCAAUCAAGACUCAAAAAUAUAUACAAUAUAAAGAGUGAAUGUAGGAUUUCUUGCCUCUCUUUUUAUUUCUUUUCUCCGUUUGCUCUAAAAACUGCUUUUAUCUUCCCCGCCAACAUCGGCGUCGUUUCCACACAAAGGAAAGCAGAAUCAACAAAAAAAAAAAAAAAAACCACUGAAAAAAUAAACGUUUUUUUAAAUAUAUUUUGUUUCUCUCCCUUUGUCUGUCUUGUCCUGUUUCUUUUUCUUAUUUUCUUUUGUUCGGAUAACUUGAGUAAUUGUGCAAACUGGAAGAAAAAAGGAAAAACCCAAAACGAUCUCUAACAAAAUCAUCAUCGUCACCGCUACCAAACAGCAAAAGGACAAUAGUUGAUGAUGUUUUUAACUCAGGGAACAAAAACCCAGUAAAGCGAGUGAGUUGACUCGUUGGUCGUUCUGGUCAAAAAAAAAAAAAAAACUCGUUGGUCGUUGCUGAUGACGAUGAAGAUGGAUCUCGGGGGACCGGGCCCAAGCCAGGCCCGACUAGUGGGAGACUAUAUACUAGGUCCGAGAAUCGGGUCGGGUUCAUUCGCGGUGGUUUGGAAGUCAAGGCAUAGACAACAUGGUUCGGAAGUAGCAGUUAAAGAGAUUGAUAAGAAACUCCUGAGCUCUAAAGUCAGUGAAAAUUUGCUAAAAGAAAUUUCUAUUCUCAGCACCAUUCAUCACCCCAACAUCAUCCACUUUUUUGAAGCCAUUCAGACUGCAGAUCGGAUAUUUCUAGUGUUGGAGUAUUGUGAUGGAGGAGACCUUGCGGCUUAUAUUCAUAAACAUGGGAAAGUGUCAGAGGAAGUUGCCAGACAUUUUAUGAGGCAAUUGGCUGCAGGAUUGCAAGUUCUUCAAGAAAAACAUCUUAUUCACCGGGAUUUAAAGCCACAGAACUUACUACUGUCAACUAAAGGAGCAACUCUGCAACUGAAGAUAGGAGAUUUUGGUUUUGCAAGAUCCCUGACGCCUCAAGACUUGGCUGAUACACUAUGUGGUUCACCAUUGUACAUGGCUCCAGAGAUUAUUCAGAAUCAGAAGUAUGACGCAAAGGCUGAUUUGUGGAGUGUUGGGGCAAUCUUGUUUCAACUGGUCACCGGGAAGCCACCAUUUGAUGGCAAUACUCAAUUACAGUUGUUCCAGAAUAUAUUAAGAUCCACUGAACUGCAGUUUCCAGAAGGUGCCAUAGAAGAAUUACAUCCAGAUUGUGUUGAUCUUUGCAGAAGCCUGUUACGUCACAAUCCAGUUGAGCGUCUGACAUUCAGAGAAUUUUUCAAUCACAAGUUCCUUGGAGAGUCAAGGAAGAGGGUGGACGUUGGGCUGGAUUCGUCACUUCUUCAAUCAAAAUCAAUGGUUGAGCAGUUUGAUACUUCUGCCUCUGAGAAGAAAUCUCACUUACUAUCUGAGCAGCCUGUGGACACAUCUAGCAGAAAUCUGAAAUCAGCCAGUUCAUCUGGACAUGGCACGGUAUUACAUACAAACGAGCGUGGCUGUUCAUCCAGUGUCAAAGGUGCUCAUGGGGCAAUGCCUUUUUUUGCAUUUGAUAAUAAAGGGAAAUGUGUUGAUAACCAAUGUUCCUCAGAUGAGCCCAGAGUAGCUGAGUCAAUGGAGUCUAUUGAGAAAGAAUAUGUUCUUGUCAACCCUCAAUUUGCCUCAAUGGAGACUUUCUCUUAUUCCCUUGAGACGUCCCUGCAAGAUUAUUCAUCUAGUAGGCAUUUGAAGUGCCAAGAAAAGAAGAGUGACCAGGAAUCAACACUUUCUGCGGAAACAAAGGAGACUGCUGGGACUUCUGCUAGUUCUGCAAAAAUUCCACAAUUUCAGGGAUCAGAUCCACAAGCAACAUCAUCUGAAUCAGCUAUGUUAAGGGAAGUGCAGAGACUAAGCGUACCGCAUCCCUCAACUAGACUGCAGUUGUUGCAUCAGUAUGCACAGGCUAUUGCAGAACUAGCUCAAGAAAAGUAUAAUGCAGGACUAUUUCUAGAAUCAUUUUCGGUUGAACUUGUUCUCUUGGCUAUGUGGAAGAAAGCUCUUCAGAUCUGUAUCUCUUGGAUGAAAUCUGCUGCAGAAAAUGAAUUACCUGGAAGCAGUUCAGCCAAGGAACCUACCAAUGUUCAGGGUAGUGCUGACUUGUCUCCAGAUUCAGAAUACAAUGUAGAUUUAAGAAAGCCUUCAUCUGCUUGCAUUUGGGCAAAGCAAGGGUUUAUUGUUGCAUAUGAUCGUGCGGAGAAGUUGUCAUGUCAUCUUCAAGAUAUGGAUGCUACUGCUGAGAUGCCUGAUGCCAUGGAAAUAAUAUAUCAAAAAGCACUCGCUAUCGGGACAAGUGGCGCUGUUGACGAGUAUAUGGAGAACAAAGGCAGUGCAGCAGCAUCGUACUCUAAAGCAAUACUUCUACUUUCAUUUAUUGUAGGAGAGGCGAUUAAUCUGCCAUUGAACCCUCCAUUUUCAUUGACUCCUGACAAUAAGAAGCAAAUUCAGACCUGCAUUAACAAAUUGCAGACUCAUCAAUCUCAGUUCUAACACCAGCAACAUUUCCAAAGCUGUCUGCAGAUUCGCCCACCAAGUGAAGAGCGCUGCUUGUGUACAGAUUUUCAAAACUGCAGCAAUUUUUUUAACUGACAAGGAUAUAAAGAAAGACGUACGGUGAUGACAUUAUAUGGAUAGCCUUGGACAUAUGUGAUAUAUCUAAUGUAUAGAAAGAGUAUAUAACAACACUACUUGCAGUCGGGAGCAAAAUGUUCUAUGUGGCAUAUGAGGUAAUGUAAAUGAUACUAUUCUUUCCCUUGAUAGACUGUAAAUCUGAAUAGAAAUAGUAAUACGUACAGUCAUGUUUACAUGGAUAUAAUUCUUUCAAUUAAUGUUGGAGCUCAUCAAGCAUACUUGAUGGAUUUUGUCUA